AUGAAGCCUGUAUAUGCAUUGACGAUAUGCCUGGGCCUUUUGGAAGGCGCCGACGCUAUUGCCAUUCCUGAGUUCGUGUCUCCCAAGGUGGGAUACUCUACGCCCUUGGCUCAUGGUGAGAAAAAGGCAGAGCAAGGAUCCGACGCCAACUCCUCGCCGCGGGUCUUUGGAGCUUAUGGUCCUAAGUCCAAACUUGUUGGUCUUCCUCCGGUUCGCAGGAGUGACAAGACGGAAGAGUCGUAUGGCUCUGAUGAUGGAGUUGAUGAUGACGACGAAGAUGACUCUGGCAACAACACUGCAGAUCCCCCAGGGGACUCUCCGGAUUCGGAUGAUCCUGAAAUUGUCUACCCAGAGCCAAUGAUGGCUCCCGCAUACGUUCGCACUGGCGCCCUUCCAGUUGAUAAGCCGGAAGAAGCCCCCAAGAGCAAGUCAUCCAAGGUGGACACCAAGUCCAAGUCCAAAUCCGGAUCAAAGCCAGACGACACUGUCCACACAGCCAAGCACGGAGGCGAUGAUGACUCUGAGUCUGGUUCAAGUGGAAAGAAAAAGCAAAAGGGCAAGGACAAGAAUAAGGGCAACGACGACAACUCUGGAAAUCACUCUGGCGACGAUGAUGCUUCCAAGUCAAGGACCAAGAGUGAGGAUUCCAAACCAACAUCAAAGUCGACAAGCACCAGCACUUCUACCUCUGGUACAGCGCAUUCCCCUACCAGUGUAAAUACACGUCCAACAACGGGCAGACAUUCUGGUGACGACGACGACAAGAAGUCUCGGACCAAGACUGAAGACUCUCCUCGAUCUGGUUCUCCUAAACCCACAUCGACAUCGGAUGAUUCAUCCAAGGGGAGCGGCAAAGGCAAAGGAAAGGGUAACGAUGGUUCUGGAAAGCACUCUGGUGACGACGACGCCACCAAGUCAAGGACCAAGACCGAAGACGCUACCCCAACUGCCUCCCCUAAGACUGAUGAUUCAUCAAAGGGUAAAGGCAAAGGCAAGGGAGGAAAGGAUCAAGCUUCUUCAGGCAAGCACUCUGGUGAUGAUGAUGCCGCCAAGUCCUCUUCCAAGAAGGGAUCCAAGUCUGCCAAACCUGCCUCCAAAAAGUCAAGUAACACUCCUCGCCACCCAAGAGGCAUUACAGCAACCCACCAAUCCGGCUCAACCUUUGAUCCCAACAGCGCCAAAGGCGGCGGCAAGAAUGGCCCCGGUUUCUUCAAACCCUUUGAGCCUCCCAAGCUGAACAACGGUUACAUCCAAGCCGUCCCUCCUCAGGCUAGUCAGAAAAACAGCAACUCCAGACCCAAGGUUAAGCCAAAGCCCCGGCUCAACAGCAAAGUCAGUGAACCCUUUUCUUCCCUUCGCAAGCGAGAGCAGUUACUGAGUCUGAGAGCAGCGGCACCCUUGGAGAGCGUAACCAUUGAUCGCUCCAAGUGGAAGGUGACGUGCGAUAGCGUGCAUGAGGGAGAUGAGUGUCAGAAUGCCAUCGAUGGGAAUGGGGAUACCAUUUGGCAUACGCAGUGGGAGGGGACUGAGCCUGCGCCACCUCAUAUGAUUACCGUGGAUAUGAAAAAGGUUUAUAAUGUGAAUGGAAUUUCUAUGCUUCCGAGACAAGAUGGUUCGCAGAAUGGAUACAUUGCCCAACACCAGGUUUUCUUGAGUAAGGAUAACAAGAAUUGGGGUUCUCCUGUGGCAUAUGGAACGUGGUAUUCCGACUACACAACCAAGUAUGCCAACUUUGACACACAGCCUGCGCGAUAUGUCAGGCUCGUUGCCAUCACUGAGGCGAACGGUGGUCUCUGGACGAGUAUCGCUGAGCUCAAUGUCUACCAAGGAAAUGACUACACGGCCCCUCAGCCAUCUUCACUGGGAGCUUGGGGACCAACCGUCAAUUUCCCAGUCAUCCCUGUCGCUGGUACUGUUGAUCCCAAGACUGGAAAGGUUCUGAUCUGGUCAUCUUGGGCUCGCGACACCAUGGACGGAGGUCCCGGUGGUUUGACUCUCACUUCGAUGUGGGAUCCAGCCACUGGCCUCGUUUCAGAGCGUGACGUUACCGAGACAAACCACGACAUGUUCUGUCCAGGCAUUUCUCUCGAUGGAAAUGGCCAGCUUGUAGUGACAGGCGGGAACAAUGCCGAACGCACAAGUCUGUUCGACCCUGUCAAACAGACUUGGAUCCCUGGCCCAGAUAUGAAGGUUGCUCGAGGAUACCAUGCUUCCGCAACAACCUCCACUGGUAAAGUCUUUACCAUCGGAGGAUCUUGGAGCGGGGGUGAGUAUUUCAAGAAUGGCGAGGUGUAUGAUCCCAAGAAGAAGACGUGGACACUUCUCAACAAGGCCGAUGUGCAAAAGAUGCUCACUGCCGAUACUCAAGGGCUCUUCCGAUCCGAUAACCACGCUUGGUUGUUCGGUUGGAAGAAGGGGACCGUGUUUCAAGCCGGGCCUAGUCAGGCGAUGAACUGGUACUACACGGACGGAAAAGAUGGUAACGUCAAGACUGCUGGUCAGCGACAGUCGGAUCGUGGUGUUGCCCCAGAUGCGAUGUGUGGCAACGCUAUCAUGUUUGAUGCCGUCAAGGGCAAGAUUCUCACCAACGGUGGAACUCCCAACUAUCAGGACUCUGAUGCGACAACUGAUGCGCACAUCAUCACCAUCAACAACCCUGGUAGCAAGGCUGAUGUUUCAUACGCGAGUGAAGGUCUCUAUCACGCCCGUGUAUUCCACAGUUCGGUUGUUCUUCCCAACGGCAACGUUUUUAUAACGGGCGGUCAAGAGUAUGCAAUUCCCUUUGCAGAUUCGACGCCUGUCCUGGAGCCAGAGAUGUAUCUUCCCGAUGAAGAUCGCUUCGUUCUGAUGAAGCCCAACAACAUCGUGAGGACAUACCACAGCAUCGCGCUUCUUCUUCCUGAUGGUCGAGUCUUUAAUGGCGGCGGCGGUCUCUGUGGUGGGUGUGACACAAACCACUUCGACGCUCAACUAUACACUCCUCCGUAUCUGUACGAUUCCAAGGGCAGACUGGCUACGAGACCAAAGAUUGCAUCCGUGUCUGUUUCCACAGUCAAGAUUGGCGGAACGGUGACUGUCCAGACGACUGGUGCAGUGGUGCAAGCUUCCCUUGUGCGAUACGGAACGGCGACGCACACUGUUAAUAGCGAUCAGCGUCGUGUGCCUCUGACUUUGAGCAAUGCUGGGAAGAAUGCGUACUCGUUCCAGGUGCCUAGUGAUCCUGGUGUUGCGUUGCCUGGGUAUUGGAUGUUGUUUGUCAUGGAUAAGAAUGGUGUACCGAGUGUUGCUUCUACUAUCAAGGUAACAGGCUAG